AUGUCGUCCGCUGGGAAGGGCUUCUUUUCUAGGAGUAAACAUAGGAGUGAUAAGAGACACACAGGCAGCGAAGAAGGACGUUACCUCCCCUCCGAUCAGGAAUCCGUAAUAUCGCGAUCUUCUCGACAUGCUAGGGCCUCGUCGAUAAUAUCCGUCGAUAGACCGGUGUCUCCUGAAGGCGGCGUUAACAACAAUGCCGGUGUCAUUACCGCAAUUCCGUACGAUACCACGCAUGCAGACCAGCGGAGUCCCAUACCCGUCGAAUACCUCCCUCGAGGCGAACAGUUACCCGUGGGCCGAGAACCUCUACCGCACCAGUUGAAUAAAGUGACUGCCGACUUCCACCAGUACCCUACCUUUGAUGCGAAAACACUCGCCACCAUGUCGGGAGUGUCUGGCUCUCACCUUUCGGCCUCGCGCCCACCCCCUAGUGCAAAUAAUAUAACGAUGGCAUCAACCGGUCGCCAAACACAAUUCCAACAAUGGGGUCCUAAUUCAGGUGGCGGAGCACCUCGUGGAAGCACAGCGUCUUCGAUGACGACGAGCACUGCCUUCGGCGAGAGAUGGGAUUCCCUGCCAGGAUACGGCGUACACGGCUUCGGCAGAACUUCUAGGCAAAGCGACCAAUCCAGCGUAUUUUCAGGUAAAGGAGUAUCCCCUUAUGAACACACAAUCAAGCGCUCAUCCAAAGCAGCACUGCCUAGUGCAACGUCCCAGAGUUCCAUUGCAUCGCACCCCUCGAGUAGAGAUUCGCAUCGUUUAACUAAGCUUCCAGGGUCUCCGGGUCAUCUUCCUCCUGGCGUCGGCGGAGCCGCCGAAGGUCCUUCGUUCACCAGACCGGAAGACGACAGGGUCACGGAGCAGAUGUUCUACGAGCUAAUGGUCAAGCGAGGAUGGCACAAUCUCCCCGAGCAAGCACGACGACAAAUGCAGGCGUACCCGUCGUCGAAAAAAUGGACACUUAUUUACCAAGAUCGUCUAACCGAGUGGCAAGGUGAGCAGAAGAAGAGGCAGACAGCGAGAUCGGGGCAGUACUCGGAUGUCAACAUCGCCGCAUCCUCCGACGAGGAGGGCUCUCCUGAGUGGUACGUACGAAAGGUGAUGGACAAUACAUUGGAUUUGAAAGGCCUCGGUAGCCUCGAAGUCAACUUACGAACUCAGCAAAUUGGAUGGGUGAAGCGCUUCAUCGAAUGUCAAGGGCAGGUGGCUCUCACCAACGUCUUAUUAAAACUCAACCGCAAGAAUCCCGUAGGACCCGCCGCUCCGUCCGACGCGAAGGCAAGCGAUAAGAAUCUCGACAAGGAAUAUGAUAUUCUGAAGUGUUUGAAAGCUUUGCUGAACAACAAAUACGGCGCCGAUGAUGCGCUCGCCCAUCAGCAAGUGGUCGUGGCUCUCGUCACUUCCCUCAUAUCGCCGAGGCUCACAACGCGAAAGCUCGUCAGCGAUGUAUUAUCCUUCCUAUGUCAUUGGGAUGGGGGUGAAGGACACCUUAAGGUUAUUCAGGCCAUGGAUGUGGUGAAGAGUCAGCAGAACGAGAAUGGUCGGUUCGAUGCUUGGAUGCGACUCGUCGAAGUCACGGCGGACGGACGUGGGAAGAUGGGUAGUCUUGUGGGAGCCAGCGACGAAGUCCGCAGCGGUGGUAUCGGCAUGGAGAACCUCUUGAUGGAAUAUGCUGUCGCGACGCUCAUCCUCGUCAAUUCGAUCAUCGAUGCGCCAGAAAAUGACCUCCAGCUUCGCAUGCACAUUAGGGCGCAGUUCGGCGCUUGUGGGAUCAAGCGGAUCCUCACGAAGAUGGAGGCGUUCCAGUACGACUUGAUAGACAAGCAGAUCGAACGAUUCCGUACCAACGAGGCUAUCGACUAUGAGGAUAUGCUCGAGCGGGAGAAUAGCAGCAUAAAGGACAGCAUCGAGGGCGAGGUUAAGGACCUCAACGAUCCUGCCCAGAUUGUCGAUGCUAUUCAACAGCGACUUCAAGGCUCCAAGACGCACGACUACUUCAUAUCGGCACUGCAACACCUGCUUCUGAUCCGAGAUAAUGAUGGAGAGGAACGGUUGCGCAUGUUCCAGCUUGUGGAUUCGAUGCUUAGCUAUGUGGCCAUGGACCGGCGGCUGCCGAACAUGGACCUCAAGCAAAGCUUGAAUUUCACUGUCCAGAAUCUCUUAGACAAGCUGCAUACGGACUCCGAGGCCCGCCAAGCUCUGGACGAGUCUUUAGAGGCUCGGCAGAUUGCUGAUGCUGCCAUGGCAGAGCGGGAUGAGAUGAGAGCGCAGUUAGAGUUAGGCGCGGAUGGUCUUGUAGCUAAGCUUCAGAGACAGCUGGAUGAGCAAGCUCGCUUCAUUGAAGCCCAGAAACGUCAAGCAGAUGGCCUCAAGGCCGAAAUAGAGAACAUGCAGACUGUCCGUGCGAAGGAAGCGCAACGAUACGAGUUAGAGACAAGAGAACUAUACCUCAUGCUCAGGGAUGCUCAAGAUGUCGCCGCUUCGCAGGCUGUCAAGAGCAGUACUGGAAGCAAGAUAGCAGAUGAGGAUCCGGCUCGGAUGCAAGGUAUCUUGGAUCGUGAAAAGCUUAUGGAUCGUCUUGCGAUGCAGCUCGAACGGCAGAAGACCCAGUACAAACUUGAAGGUAGAGUCUGGGGCGAGGCAAUUGGGCCUUCGGAUCGCUUGCGUGCGCUCCGCGAAGAAAUGGACGGCUACUCAGAUAACUACUCCGACGGACCUGAUGGUUCAGGACUUCCGCCCGGUAUGGAUACUGGUAUGCUUGGAACCGUUAACCGCCAUACUAGGCUGUCAAGAAAACCCGUCAAUGGGCAACAUGCCGACGAGGGUGCCAUGGAAGGAGAAGACGACAUUGUAUACGAGAAGCCACGAGUCGUCGAAAUUAGAAGACCAGUCAUGGACCCCAAGCAUGCCGCCAACUUCCUCAAUGAGAUUCACGCGAAGGGCAGGAAGGACGAGGCCAGUGACUCUGAGGAGGGUGAGGGCGCGACUACAGGUCCUUCGCAUCCAAGUCUUGAGUCACAAUCGCCCAUCACACCAAGCGAGAACGAGCCGCCUAAGAUUCAAGUUAGCGACACGACAGCUCCUCCGCCUCCACCGCCUCCGCCACCACCACCGAUGCCUGGUCAACUUCCGGGAGCACCCCCACCGCCCCCUCCUCCGCCAAUGCCGGGUCAAGUCCCAGGCGCUCCUCCACCACCGCCACCCCCGCCUCCGAUGCCAGGAAUGCUCUCACCCACAUCUGCAGUGGGUGGUCCACCUCCCCCUCCGCCUCCGCCGCCUAUGCCCGGUAUGCCCGGUAUGCCCGGCGCUGGAGGUCCACCACCGCCUCCUCCAAUGCCUGGUGCUAUGUCCGGUCACUUUCUCUCUGCGCAAAAUACCUUCGGUCCAACCCCUACCAUUGGUCUCCCUGUUGUUAGACCGAAGAAAAAGCUCAAGGCCCUCCAUUGGGACAAGGUCGACACUCCCGAAACAAGCCAUUGGGCGGCGCAUGCUCCUUCUGUGGAGGAAAGAGAAGAGAAAUAUGCCGAACUUAGUAGGAAGGGUAUUCUCGAUGAAGUCGAAAAGUUGUUCAUGGCCAAGGAGAUCAAGAAGCUUGGGGUUGGAGCCUCUAAGAAGGAUGACAAGAAGCAAAUCAUCUCCAGCGAUCUUCGGAAGGCUUACGAAAUUGCUUUUGCCAAGAUGUCUCACUAUUCUGUAGAGAAGAUCGUCCAGACGAUCAUCCACUGCGACAAAGAAGUUCUCGAUAACCCGGUGAUCAUGGAUUUCCUACAAAAGGAUGACCUAUGCAAUAUUCCGGACAAUACCGCGAAGCUCAUGGCGCCGUAUAGCAAGGAUUGGACUGGUCCAGAAGCCAACCAGGAAAAUCGUGAACAGGACCCAUCCGAGUUGACCCGACAGGACCAAAUUUACCUAUACACUGCCUUUGAACUACAUCAUUACUGGAAGAGCAGAAUGCGGGCAUUGGCGCUAACACGAAGCUACGAACCUGACUACGACGAAAUAAAUGAAAAGAUCCGUCAUGUCGUCUCAGUAUCAGAGUCACUAAGAGAUUCCGUUUCCCUGAUGAAUGUUCUCGGGUUAAUCCUUGAUAUCGGUAACUACAUGAACGACGCAAACAAACAGGCGCGAGGUUUCAAGCUCAGCUCGCUCGCCCGCUUGGGAAUGGUGAAAGAUGACAAGAACCAAUCGACACUCGCAGAUCUCGUUGAGCGUAUCGUGCGCAACCAAUACCCUGAAUGGGAAGGCUUUACGAACGAUAUCCAGGCUGUCAUAACUGCUCAGAAGAUCAACAUCGAGCAACUCCAGGCGGAUGCUAGGAGGUACAUAGAGAACGUCCGCAACGUACAGAGGUCAUUAGACAGCGGAAACCUUAGCGAUCCUAAGAAGUUCCACCCCCAGGACCGCGUCUCGCAAAUCGUCCAGCGGUGUAUGAAGGACGCUCGCCGAAAGGCGGAACAAAUGGCGUUGUAUCUGGAGGAGAUGAUCCGCACGUACGAUGACAUUAUGAUUUUCUACGGCGAAGAUCCUAAAGACGACAAUGCCCGCCGCGAGUUUUUCACUAAGUUGGCAAUGUUCCUUCAAGAGUGGAAGAAGAGUAGAGACAAGAACGUCCAAUACGAAGAGACGCGGCGUAGGAAUGAAGCUAGCAUGAAACGGAAACACGCUCAGCUCAGAGUCCAGGGAGCCGCCGAGACUGGCCCGCCAUCGCCGAAUUCCGCUGGUGCAAUGGACUCCCUUCUAGAGAAAUUGCGCGCAGCGGCGCCGCAGACGAGAGACCAGCGAGAUAGAAGGAGGCGCGCACGUCUAAAGGAUCGCCACCAAGUUCGCGUCGCCUCUGGCCAAAAAAUACCCGACCUCAACGAGAUACCGGAAGCAGAAGCCAAUAUCCGCUCCGAAGGCACCAACGGCACCACAGAUUCCGACGCCAAUCCCCUCAGUCCUGACCUGGUCUCACCUACGGAGGAACCCGAGGAAGCUGCUGAUGAUGGUCUGGCACAAAGAGCUGCGAUGCUCCUACAAGAUAUGAGAAGUGGCGAUGGUGCAGAUGACGAAAAUCCCGAGAAGCGAGAUAGUAGCUUGAGGAAAUCAGCGGCUGAAGAAAGGAGAGCUCGACGUCGGCGACUGAAGGGAGGUUCGGGCCCAAGCUCAGGUGGUCCCGAGGACGAUGGAGUAAUGAAAAGUUCUAUACCUGAGGAGCCAUCGACGGCUGCAGAGGAAUAACAAAAUACAUCGAGAAACGGAGUUGAAGCGGGAUUUCGCUGUUUCCGUCUAUCCAACCGAUACGAUAUAUAAUGUCUACAACAUAUUAUUAACUCACCUCGAGUGAGGGAAGAGUUCACGAAUCAUCCCCGAUGGACGAGAGCUACGACGCAACUGUAGUGGAGCACAUUGAGCUCGAGGGCCUUUUGAAGGAGUCAAAGGCUCAUAUACUAUAUAAUGGCUGGUUGAAGAUUCAGGUCAUCGAACUAGCUCUCUUUGCUCUGUGUGGAGAGCUGCGAUGCGAUCAACACAUAUCCUUCCGACCCCGACUCGCCACCACGCGCGCUCAAGGGAUAGCAACCCCUUUUCAUCAACUUGGCUUCUGGAAACGGAUGUUUCACAUCGAGAAGCUGCCUACCGCCUCACGAGGCCCAUCACAAGAAAUCCCUUUGCAUCACAUUCAAUUCGCUAGCCAUUGCAUCUGAGACCGGUUAGGUCAAGAGGGCAAACAUUUCUUGUCAAGGUUGUUGUUACAGUGUGUAAGAAAGUCAGAAGUCAGGAGUCAGGCCGUCCGAACCUUUUUUCUAUGUCGGA